CAUAAAGGCGACGUUCAGGGCGAAAAACUUGCAAUUCAUGGCAUGGAGGAGUCAGCGAGCAGCUGCAGCCCUCUGAUGUGUGUGAGCUUAGGUGGCUGAGCAGCAGAUCAUGCUCUGAACCCAGCUACCAUCGAGCCGAAGCAAAGCCUCGUCUAGCUGCUCGAGCGUUGUCCUCUUUUUUCCUCUUCCCUGUCCUCUUUUUCUCCUCCUCGGUGAAAUCCGAUACAAAAUUAGCGGGUUUUCUGUCUACUUUGGUUGGCAGAUUCGGGCUAAUUGGCUCGCGUGUUUCAAGAGAAAAGAAACAUUCAGCUGCAGCGAUUCAGAUGCCUUCAACUUUCAGCGAGAGGGACAACCCCUAAACCCAGUUUUUACACGCGGGGACAGACACACAGACGUCUCCGUAGUCUUCCACUUCAUGAGAAGGACGCGUCUCGGUAAAAGGUGAACAGAGAACCGACUGGGACCAUGGCAGCUACGUUAUCGGUGGAGGAAGAACAGGCUACCAGGCAGUUUCUGGAGGAAAUCAACAAGUGGACCAGUCAGCAUGGAGUGUCGCCGUUGUCCAGGGAAUUGGCCGUCAAGUUCCUCAUGGCUCGCAAGUUUGACGUCCUCCGAGCCAUCGAGCUGUUCCACAGCUACAGGGAAACACGUCUGAAAGAAGGAAUCGUCAGACUUCAGCCUCAGGAAGAACCUCUGCGCUCGGAGCUGCUCAGUGGAAAAUUCACUGUGCUGAGUGUACGGGAUCCCUCAGGGGCCUCCAUUGCCUUGUACACGGCCAAACUUCAUCACCCAAACAAGACAGGCAACCACGUGGUGCUUCAGGCCCUCUUCUACCUCCUGGAUCGGGCCGUGGAAAGCUUUGAGACCCAGAGGAAUGGCUUGGUGUUCAUCUAUGACAUGGCGGGCUCCAACUACACAAACUUUGAGCUGGACCUCAGCAAGAAGAUCCUCAACCUGCUCAAGGGGGCGUUCCCUGCCAGGCUGAAGAAGGUGUUGAUUGUCGGGGCUCCUGUUUGGUUUCGAGUGCCCUACAAUCUGCUCAGCCUGCUUCUCAAGGAGAAACUAAGGGAGAGGGUCCAGAUGGUGAAAAUGGCCGAGCUCCGCCAACACCUCCCCAGAGACUGUCUCCCGCAGCACCUGGGUGGCCUGCUGCCUCUGGAGUCAUACAGCUGGAACCAGCAGCUGCUGGCGGGCCAGAACGGCCGGGUGGACCCAGUGGACGAGCUGGUGGGCAUCCCCAUGGAAGACUCUUCCAUUCACGUCCCCGGACCUGAGUCCAUGCGCCCACAGGAGCUGCUGACGCACCUCGGCAGGCUUCAGCGCUCAGGCAUCCAUCAAGAGUAUGAGGAGCUCCGUAAAGAACCGCCGCCUGGAACCUUCCACUGUGCACAAUCAGCCUACAAUCAGGAGAGGAAUCGUUAUGGAGACGUGCUGUGCCUUGAUCAAACAAGAGUUCGUUUGAAAGCCAGAAGGAACGAGAGAUCAGACUAUAUCAAUGCUAGCUUCAUGGACGGCUACAGACAGAGGAAUGCAUACAUUGGUACUCAAGGACCACUGGAAAAGACCUAUGGUGAUUUCUGGAGAAUGGUCUGGGAACAAAACGUGCUUGUUAUUGUCAUGACAACCAGGACAGAUGAGGGCAGUCGGAGGAAGUGUGGCCAGUACUGGCCUCUGGAGGAAGGGGGGCAGGAGGUCUAUGGCCACAUGGCAGUGGUUAACCAAAGGGUGGACCACCACACUCACUACAACCACACCACCCUCGAACUGCACAACACUGAGACAUGUGAACAGAGACAAGUAAGUCAUUUCCAGUACCUCAGCUGGCCUGACUACGGCGUUCCCACCUCGGCAGUGACUCUCAUUGACUUCCUGGGAGCUGUGAAGAGACAACAGAGGAAAAUGGUGAAGGCUUUGGGACUUCAGUGGGCAGGCCACCCACAGGGACCCCCAAUGGUGGUCCACUGCAGUGCAGGGAUUGGGAGGACAGGUACCUUCUGUGCCCUGGACAUCUGUCUGUCCCAGUUACAGGACGUAGGCUCACUAAAUGUAUGCCAGACGGUGCGACGCAUGAGAACACAGAGGGCCUUCAGCAUUCAAACCCCGGACCAGUACUACUUCUGCUACAAUGCCAUUUUGGAGCACGCCCAAAGGCAGGGCCUGCUCCCAGCCAAUCAGUGAGCUUCAGCUCCAACUCCCCAAAUUAAUCCAUGAGCCCUGAGAUUCCUGCAGCCAAUCUGUUAACCCCGAGCCGUGUUGUGUGACCAAUUUGUGAGCCCAGGAAAGUUAACUUCCUCACAGAAGCUGUCUUCUGAAACUAGGCCAUCCUUCAUUGGCAAGCCAGACCAAGACAAGACAGUGACGAGAAAAGGCUGAGCGUUGACAUUAUGAUGUUUCAAUGUGAUAACAUUCUCGCUUCCAACAAUGUGACAUUUUGUUUACGCUGAACAUAUCUCAGACAGCGCGUGGCAGUGUGAACAAACUGCUCCUGUGUUGUGCAGUUCUGUGCUCUGUGGUCAGACACAUUGGGUGAAGCAAUCAAGGAAAUGUUCAUUAACCUUUUGUUUAUUUAUUUGCCACUUUAAACUGAUGGUUUAGGGGACCUUUAAAGGAGUAGUUCACCCCAAAAUAAAAGAAAUUGUGAAGUUUGUAUGAAUGCAAAACAAUGAAUGUGACUUUUGAUUUAAUUUCAGUCAGAUUCUCCUCAAAUGCAAAAGUUAACAUUGCCAUUGUGAGACAAAAAAUGCAUGUUACUUUUCUCCCCACGACUGCUGUGGAUGACUUCUUAGUAGCCGAAUGGUGGCUAACUUUUAUGCUUUUUUAUUUACAAACUGUAUUUAUUGGAGUUUCAAAGGAUAAAUUCUAUAUUUUUCAACCCAGGUUUAUUUUCCCAUGUUUUGUGUCUAGGUGUGACGAAAGGGAAAACAGUUUUUUAAACUGGUCCAGUACUGAGUGACGGGGCUGAAGCCGGCAUCAGAGAAACAGGUGGUAAUGUACCCACUCGGGGCAUUUGCAAACUGUCAAUUUGAAUCCACUAAAAGUGCUUGUUUGCCACUGACAGGCUCAGAUUGUUAUUUUAAGUGUCUGACAACAUUAUGGAAAGCAUUCCUACAGAGAUGGACCUUUUGUUAAACAGUAAGAUCCUUUAUUUUUACUUGCUCCGUACUAGACCAGUUUCAUAAAUUGUUGCUCCCACAAAAGAGACACAAAAAUAUGUAAGAUCUAGGUUGGAAAAUACCAAAAUAAAUAAAUAAUACCAAGACUAAAGUUACUGACAGUUGUAAUUUUGGGGUGAAAUGAUCCUUAAACUAAGUACACCAUUUUUUUUAAUUCCAAAUAGGAAGCUUGAUUGCCACUGUCAUGCAACAAUAAUAGGUUUUAUUUAGGUCAUAGUUUUAUACCUCCUGUGUCCGGGAACUAUUGCGUAGUGCAUUUUUAGCACAUGGUAUAUGUCAUGUAGAUGGUACGGGUUAGACUCAGGAGUGUCAUAUUGAGCACAAGGAGGUAAAACUGCCCAAAUUGUUAUAUUAAAAAAAUACAAUUUAGACAGAAAUGCUUUUGCCAAGAAUUUGUUGUGAUCCUUUUAGCUUGUGUGAUGCAUUCUCCUCUGCCCUAGUAAAGAAUAACUUAAUUGGCAGUAAAGAGGAAUAAAGCAACUCCAAAUUUAUUAAAAUGGCUGUUAUAUAUACCCUCUUUGAUUACUCAUUCAAUGACGUCCGUGUGAAUUCCUCUUCAGUUUUUUUGUUCCUGUUUUUCCAAAUGUAUCCAUUGAAAGCCUGACCUUCCAUCUCACCAAAAAAUUGAGAUGUCCUGACUCACAGUACAGACAGAGACCGAUGUCUGCGGCCGCCUUUGCUCACUCGCAGUGCCAUCAUGCUUCUGUGAUUGUGGGAAUGUAUCGUUCAGUGCCCACACACAUGCACACGCACACCUUUAGAGCAGUCUGCAGUGACUAUGCCAUCAAAGCGAUCUGUGGAAGUCAUCAGUUAAGACCUCAUGAGUAGUGCAAUACUUUUUUGUUUUGUUUUACACAAAUCACAUCUUAGCACUUUGAAAUAACUGUGCUCUGAGAUUAGUUGUCAUAGUGAUAGGUUAGGGUGACACUUAAUUCUGUGGGUCCACUUGUGAUGCUGGGAUAAUGCUAAAUUUAGUAAUGCUGAUAAACAUUUAGUGGCAAUUUGAUCUCACUGUUAACAUCUGCAUAGAGCUUUAUCGGCACAAAUCAAGAAGAAUUACAGGGAAGACAGAAAUUAAUGACAUAGCUGAAUAAGCAUGCACAAAUCUGUGCCUACACCCUAUAGAGUCCUUCUUGGGCACUCGAGAGUCCUAAAUUUUGUCUGAAGUAUUUUUUCAUUAGUAUUGUGUGACUUUAAGUUCUACAGACUGUGGUUGUAAUCAGUGCUCUCAUCUGGUCCCAGUAUCUUGCCAUUAUUAUAGAGUACAUGUACAAAAACUGAAUGUCUGUGUGUCAUAUGUUGCAUUAUGUUGUUGCUGGGUGAAAAAAAUGUGUUUUUUGCUACAGAAUUCAUAUUGAAUUUGCUUGUAGUGAAGCAUUUUUUUUUUAAUUCUGCCAUCCUCAUGCACUCUGAUUUUAGAAUUAUUUUUCCUUUCAAUGAUGGACGCAAAAUGUGCCCUAUUUUAUUUUUCUAUUGUUAUAUUCAACAACUGUUUUCAUACGAUUACCCAGGAUAUACAGUUAUCUACAUUAAUUUUAUAUUUGUUCUAUUAUAACCUGUUACUUUAUCAUUCGUAUGACUAUUGAAUCAAGCUAUACUGUAUUAAAUACAAACUAUGUCAACGUA